GCGCAUGGCGUGGGGGAGCCAAGACCAGCGCGACGCCGGGUCCAUUUCUUUAGGAAUUUCAGGCCUCGAUUCGAGUCGAUCGAUGGCAAUGCAACUAUUUUAUUGUUCCGGGGAUUUUAUUGUUGCGAAUGGCGCUACUCGAUGAGUACGCGAUGGCUCGAUGGUUCAUUCGAAGGCUCGAAUGCUGGCUGGCUGGCGAGCGAGCGAGCGAGCGUGUUGAGUCGUUGCUAGAUGCACGUUCAUACAGUUGACAGACGGAGAGCUCUCGUGUUCUUGCAACACUUCUUCGCCGUCAUCGUCGUCGUUUCCUUCUUCUUCUUCUUCCUCGUUAUCAUGAUUAACAUCUCGUGUCUCGUAGCUCCUGUUCCCGGCCCGGAAUUAUUAUAAUUUUUCGCGGGGGUCAGUUGUCCUCGUCGUCGGACAUACAUACGGCGGGCGGGCAGGCAGGCGUCCAUGUUGUUGCUCGUUGACGGUGGUGUUGUCUGAGAUUUGGCUGACUGAUUCAAAAAUAUUGCUUGGACCUCUUUCCACCACGUUGUACGUAAUUAACACAAAGAAAUUCUAGCUCCGACUUCUUCUGUGUCCAGCUUCGCUUAUUGUGCCAUUGUUUCUGGCCGUCGUACAUUUCCCUGUUUCUCGUUUCCUGUCUCCUGUCAGUUCAUUUAUGAUGGGGAGGUUCGGAGUUUACACGAGCCUAAUACGUAAUUACCAUGUGCGGUGGAGUAUAUUUUCCGAUUGAUGCAGUCCAAAUCAUCCAUCUUUUCGUUCACCGCGCGCAAGUCACAGAAGGUCGUGCAAGAAUUUAGAGCCAGCACAUUACUAUGGAGCAAGGUUCAAGGCGCUCUAAGAGAGCUAGGGUCCCGGUUGAUUAUGCGCGCCUGGAUAGCACGGGUUUCUCGGAUUCUUUGCGUGUGCAGCAUAAGAAGCUGGCACGAGCUGUACUUAAGUUUGAGGAGCAGCCCGUUGUUGAAAACUUUACCAUCGAUUAUGUUGCAGCAACUGAACUUGCGGACCAUGUCCAUACCACUGGAUUUCGAAAUCCAUGUGUUGUGCGGACCUCCGAUGUCCCACCAUCUGCGCUCGGAAUCAGAUUACCCGAUGGUGCUUUGACAGUGGAAAGGAUCUCAGACCUUGUAGGUCGCAGCCGGCUCAUUAACACGAUUGAUGUAACCACCCAGUCAGAAGGGCCGAUAUACACCAUGCAAGAAUGGGUUGAGUAUUUUGCAUCUCCAAGUCCCAGGAAGCCCUUGCUGAAUGUCGUCUCUUUGGAUCUUGCAAACACAGCCCUCCAAGCAAUGGUUUCUGCGCCAGACGUGGUCAAAGAGCUGGAUCUAGUGGACAAGGCAUGGCCUGCAUCUGUUACGCCGUCUCCGAAGGUCCAACUGUACACGUUGAUGAGCGGCGCAGGCUGCUUCAUGGACUUCCACAUCGAUUUUGGGGGCUCCUCAGUGUGGUAUCAUGUGCUGAGUGGGCGGAAGGUGUUCCUAGUGAUUCCCCCAACACGCGGCAACCUUAUGGCUUUCGAGGAGUGGGCUUCUUCGGAUAGACAGGCCAGCGUCUUCUUUGCAGAUCGCGUUAGCGGAUGUCAGAAAUUAGAGCUAGCCCCCGGCGACACGCUUUUACUGCCUGGAGGAUGGUCACAUUGUGUUGUCACCCCAAUGGAUUCAGUAGUACUUGGUGGAAACUUUUUGACCGGAUACAAUUUAUCACUGCAGCUUGAAAUAUGGCAAAUGGAGGAGAGGUUGAAAGUGAAAUCCAAAUUUCGAUUUCCAUUCUACAAAGAGUUAAUGUGGCGAUCAGGGGCGUACUAUAUGGAAAAGCUGAAUAGAGAUCCUUCUGGUGUUACCAAAUGGGAGCGACAAGGAGUGUUAAGUCUUACAAAAUGGCUGAAAUUCUGGCUUAGCCAGAUGAAAGAAGGUGAGGAGGUUCCCAAGGAAAUUUCUCAGUCUGGAAGUCUAAUAGUAGAAGAGCUAUCUCGGAAUACUUUGUUUUCACAGGAGGAGUAUCCGUCUUCGUUAUCAGCAGAUUGUCGAGAUCCUGCAUCAACUCUAAUUGAGUUACAGUCACCGUCAACUUUGAAACUAAACGUUCCACAAGUGAAAAUGGCAGAUCAUUUCACGAAGAUUUUUGAUGAUAAUGAGGAGGAAUUCGAUCCUCCGGAGGAAGCUGAUAAUAUUGAUGAUGAUGAUGAGGACGAUCAAGACUUCAGUGUGGAUGACUCUCCACCCGCAAGUCGAACUAAAGCCAAGAAGAGUACGGGGGCAGCAAAGAGAUCUGUAAAAUCGCCCAGACUGGGUGUCAGAGGUCGUUUACUGAAAAAAUGUGGUAUAGAUCCAAGGUCACCAUUACCACGACCGAAGAUCAGGCCAAAAGUCGUAAAAGAUACAUUAUUCAGCAAGUUCACCUAGGUGUUAAUCCGAAGUUUUCAAAGAUUGUCUAUAUCACCACAUGUAAAAAUAUCACUCAUACUCUACUAUUCCAUAUAAAAAAAAAAUUUGUCUCGCUGAUUCACAGUAAUACUUGAAAGAUGUGUUCAUGUACUAAAACACAUAGACGGCCUCAAUUCAGUGUCACGAAGAUCUAGGAAUGGGCAGAGGGUUUGGGUCUCAGCUAAGCUCUUGGACAAGAAGGCUAUAUUCAAGCAGCUGACUAUAGUUAUCAGCCGUGAGGUGUGGAAAUUUCUUCCACUCAGCUGUAGUUUUCCAGUAGGUUUUCAAGGCAGACAGUAAGCACUUACAUACCGUCUUUUAGAUCACCUGGAGCUGAGGUAGAGUUGUGAAUUUUCAUUUUGAAGGAGUAGGUCUAGACAACGUUCACGCCUAUACAUGUAAAGGCCUAGAUAAAGGUCUUGCCUUUUGUGUUUUUAUAAUCUGCAUUUCAUCCUUC